AUGCACCGGCGUUAUUCCUGGUCCCCACUCCCCAAAGACCUCAACUCCUUCCUCCAGCCGCUAAUCGACGAACUUGUGGAGCUGUCUCGAGGUGUUGAGGCCGUAGAUGUGGUUAACGAAGAGGUUUUUGCUCUUCGUGCGCAUAUUCUUGCGGCGUUUGGAGACUUACCGGCAAUUGCAAAAUUGAUGGAGUUUGUAGGCCAUAAUGGCCGCUUCCCUUGUCGCUUAUGCAAGAUUAUGAGUAUUCUUGGUCGCACAGCCAAGAACGCAUCCCAUCUGUAUUGCCCACUCCAUCGUUCAGACGACACCGGACUUGACCCCUACGAACUCCCACUCCGCACUCACGAGGAGUGCCUUAAAGAUGGAUACGAUGUCCUCCGAGCUCCAAACGACACUGUACGGGCCGACUUAGCAACUGAUUGCGGCAUCAAGGGUGUGACGUUGUUGGCUAAACUCUCGUCGAUCCGGAUCCCCGACUCGUUCCCCGUCGAAGCUAUGCAUCUUGUGUGGAUAAACUUGAUCCCUCAGCUUGCAGACUUAUGGCGCGAAAAAUUCAAUGGAAUUGAUUCUGGAUUUGAGGAUUACUUGAUCAACGCGCUUGUCUGGAAUUCUAUGGGGGACAUGUGUGUUGAUUCUUCGCGUUCGACACCUUCUUCUUUCGGCUGUCCUAUUCCUCAUUUCAGAAAUCGCUCACAUUUUACUGCUGAAUCUUGGUCUCGCUGGGCAACCCACGCGGCCCCAAAUUUACUGCGCCGUCGCUUUAUGGACUUGAGGUAUUAUAUUCAUUUUGUUUGUCUAGUCAACCUAAUGAACAAAUGCACCGACCACGCCGUCGACCGCUCUGAGCUCCCGGCGAUUCGUCGAGGCUUCAUUGAGUGGGUGGAGGAUUUCGAACAGAUCUACUACCAGCACGAUCCAGAGCGCAUACAAGUGUGUACAACAAAUAUACACUAUUUGCUUCAUAUCGUGGACUCAAUCGAGCGUCUUGGGCCCCUACCUGGCUACUGGGCAUUCCCUAUGGAGCAAUACUGUAGCUUCAUUGGGGCCUCGGUGAAAAGCCGGCGAUUUCCUUACGCGAACAUUGCUCGGCGCGUUUGCGAUGUCGCUCAGCUUUGUAUCAUUCGCGAAAUAUACGACUUACGCAAUAUGAUCAGCUUCGGGCAAACCCGAGCAUCAACCGAGGAGGACUUGAAGACUGAGAUGAGGGAAGGUGAUAAAUUCGAAAACUAUCCCAACCGAAUAUUCCUAACCCCCUGGGCCGAGGCGCUCACUGUAACUCCUGAACUACGCGCACAGAUCUCCAAGUACUUGGCAACCACCUAUGAAGUACGAAUUGGAAAGAAAUUAGCUCUAGAGCUGAUUCCCGAUACCCUCCAACAAUGGGGCCGAAUGCGAAUCACCCAGGGAGGCAACUUGAUUCAAGCACGAGGCUACCAUAAGCUACGAUGGGACGGCCGCGACGCAUCAUUUGUUCGGUAUGAACUGCUGGCCGAUCGACUUGCUCAUCUUCCAAGAGCAACACCCGACUUCGUCCCAACUUCUUAUUAUGGUCAGCUUCAAUAUUUGUUUAAGUUGCCCCUAAAGCCCGAAAGUGUCGUCAAUCCGUCAAAGGAUGGAUCAAAAUAUCUCAUUCUCGCGUUCAUCUUGGAGGCACCAGUGGUUAUUGAAGAUGCUUACGAAUACAGGGUCACAUGGUACGAGGGAAAGUUGGGAAGUGGGGAAGUGGUCGACGCCCUAACCAUACAGUGUGCUAUUGGACGAAUUCAAGACAACAAGCGUUGGUGGAUCAUUGAUAGGAUUUACACUUGCUACGCGCUGGAUGAGCAAUCGCCUGGAAAUCCGACCCUCAUUCACGCAUCCGACCCCAGUGCUCAAAUCCGAACCCCUCAAAUAAGCCCGACCCCCGACGAAGAAUGUAAAUCCGACCCCCGGCCACGAAUCCGGCCCCUCCGAAAAUGUCCGACCCCUAAAAAACCCAAGAACCCGACCCCCGAGCAGAAAUCCGACCCCUCGAGAAAUUCCGACCCCUGGGGAUUACAGACAUCCGACCCUCGAGAAAAAGUCCGACCCUCGAGGGGGUUCGGAUUUAAAAAGCCGAACCCCAUCCGAAAUAACCCCCCGGCGCCGGGUCCGGUUUUUCCUAGUGUCCGACCCCCGGGGUCGAACUCUCCGUACCUUUUGGGUACACGGUGA